GACACGUGGCACGUGCUGGGUGCUCCUGCACUCUUGCUCCAUCCAUGCCGCCUUCGCACGAUGUGACGUUCAAAGUCGAGCAUGGAAGCCUCUCGGAGCCGACCAAAGCACUUCUGGCUCAGCAAAUGCAGCUCAGACACAGCGAUAUGCAGCUACCUCUUCCCUUCGUGGCCGACUUUACGCCUUAUCUAGAUCCAAAGAUGACCGUCCAUACGCUCUGGUUCGAUCACGAUCUGGCCUGUGUGGGCGCGCUCAAGCUGCUAGACGAUGGCGAGACCGGCGAGCUCAAGACGUUCCGCACGCAGGACAGGCAUCUGCGCAAGGGAGCAGCGACGACUCUGCUCAAGCACAUCACCAAGCAAUCCCGCACACAAGGCCUCUCGAGGCUAUCCCUCGAGACAGGGACGAUGCCUCGGCUAUAUCCAGCCGUAGAGCUGUAUAAGAAGCUUGGCUUUACUGUGGGCGAGCCCUUUGCCGCCUACACUUAUCGCGGCGACAAUCAGUUCUUGCAUCUUGUUUUGUGAAGCAUGGCACGCUGUGUGGUCGACGAAGAGGAAAGCUUCAACGUGGACACACUGACCUUCGAGAUUCCCCCGACUCGGACUCAAGACGACUUUGACGACUCUCCUCGACUCGCGCAUUGCAGUGCUUCUGCAUACGCGCAUGAGCCGGACAGCAGCGUCUUGCCGCCAUGACUCGAGUCCCACAGUACAGUGCGUAAGCAUCGUUGGCGGCAAAUGCCUGUCUUUGUAUAACGAGAGGCACGUACUGCUAGCUCGCUCGUGCAAUGCAUCACACGAACAACGUUCGAUACUUGCCUCCUUGGCCAC